AUGCGUUUGCCCCCUCGUCGGGUCUUGACGCCUGCUAAUGGCCCUUCUGCCCCUAAUAAGCGCAAAGACAGAGAUGAGAGUUUUGACCCCCCCAAACCCUCAAGCUCAGUCUUGGCCAAAAUGCUGAAGCCGGAUCAUAAGCCCAGACCCGGGUCUGAGCCGCCCGCUUCAUCCAAUCAGCUCUUAGCCGGAUACUUGGCCCACGAGUUCCUGACCAGAGGGACUCUCUUCGGCCAACCCUGGGACCCACCAUACCGAGCGGAGGGGGGUCCCACCGAGAAGUUGAAAGGGCAGGUCACGGGGAGCGAGGGGGAAGAAGCCAAGGCUCCGCCGGAGAAGCGCGAAAGAUACAUCGAAGUAGCGGACUUGUUGAAAGAGGAGGGGCCCCACCUUCCUGGCAUCGUCAACCCCACCCAGCUCGGCCGCUUCUUACAGCUGUGA